CAAUAGGAACAGCAGCACCACCCACUCUCUGGUAAUGUCAACCGACCGAUCAAUGCUACGGAUGCACAACAAUACGAAAGAAACUCUUAUCGCGCACAUGAGCUAAUUAUUUUGCGCUCCUCCCUAUUUCUUCUCGUCCGGCCAGUGCUUUCCAAACUCCACAACUUGCGAACUUCAAACCACGAACUGGGAAGAGCUUUACAGUCUUUGACUACCUCACUUAGUAUUUCCACGUCAAUCUUUAGAGCUUCGCGAAGCAUUUAUCUAUCUCAGCACAAGCUGCAAAACUACAAGAGCCAUGGCCAUGAGUCCAUCACCGCAACUCUCGCCCACGAUGGGCGCCUCGCACCGCAUCGAGCGUCACCAAUCCAACUCCCCUCCUCUCCAGCCUCAACAACUCUCCAAGAGAGACAAGAAGCGCACCGUUCUCGCAGAGCGUCUUCAGGAAAUUACCAUGUCCUUCUCUGCCAAUCGAGACCAGCAUUACCGCGCCCAACUCCAAUCCAUUCAAGUUGACUCCAAUCUCAUCGCCGAGGCGGACGUUCACUCCAAGCACCCACUUCCAGACAGUGCCGAGGAAAUCGAUGAGCUGGUCCGGAACAAUGUUCAAAAGACUAUGAUGAAGUCGGUUUCGACAGAUCCGCCUCUGCGAACUGGUAGAAUAUACUCCGACUUUGCAAAAGAGGUCAAUGAUGCUAUGGAGGGAAGAGAUACUGCCAUGGUCACACUCAAGCGUGAUUACGAUGUCAAGAUGAACGAGAUCAACUCCUACCAUUCCUACAAGAAGAUGGUGUCCAAAAACGAAUACAAGUCUCUCUCCGAGACCCUUAGAGAUCGACUGAUCAAUUCGGUCAUGAGUAAGAAGGCUCGUCUCUCAAAGGACAAAGAUGCCAUUGAGAUUGGAGAAGGCAGCACACAUGCUCUGCUUUUACACCCAAGCCAAUUCGGAAUCGCCAACCCCGCCAGUCCAGGUGGUAUUCUUGGCAAAAGAGCUACCAGACACCGGCGGGACGCAGAGGAGCUCCCAAACUUUCCUGAAAGUCACAAGCGCAAGCGUAAGGGUCAUGAUAGUGAUGAGUCUCCCGCUCCAAGUCGCCAGCGUAUCGACAAUGGUGCAAGCACUCCUUCUUGGGCCGCUGAGAAGCAGCAAUUGAUGGCACACCAAGUCGAAUCCUCUCUGUACAGCGUUGACAAGCUUUUCAAUGAGAAGGAGCUCACAAUGGCAUACAAUGCUGCUGCUCUUGCUGCUCACUCCUACAUGCUCCGCCAUCCACCCUUCUCUGAUGAUCCGGACAACCAAACCAAUGGCAAGUCUGACUCAAGCUCUGACCAUGAGAAGGCUCCUACAGCUGGCGAUGCGGAAGCAGAAGAUGCUGAGUCUCCACCGACCGGAGGUGCAAUGAUGGAGCGACAAUUCUCUCACGCAACUCGCAGCACUCGCGGCGCAGCCGUAGCUUCAGGCUAUGGAAUCGACAUGUUCACCAACGACGACCUCAACUACCCCGCCAACCUCCUCUCUCUCACCCGCCAAAUCCCCAAACUCCCACAGAUGAUCAACCAGCAAAACGCGCGCCAAUUCGCCUCCAACCCCAGCAAAGACGCAGUCGUCUCUCUACAAGGUCUCAGCGCCGAAGACGCCAACGCCGACAUUGAAGUCAUGCGUCGUGCGCGCAUUCUCAACGAUGAGAAAGGCUACGGCAGCAAUCUCGACGUCGAGCAGGGUGCGAAGAGUCUCCUGGAAGAGGCUGCGUAUCCUAGGAAAUACCAGCACUGGGUCAAGUCUGAUAACAAGGAGAAGAUCUCUGCUCCUGCUAUGCCGACUAGUAGUCUUCGUGAGGACUAUGGUGGACAGCCGAUGUUGAAGCAGAUUUCUCAGGGUGCGACGUCAUCCAUAGGUGGCACGCCGAUGAGUAGGCAGGCUACGGAUGAUAGUAUCACGAAGUCUGGGAAGAGAACAGUCAGGAGGGGAUGAUUUCUUCGUUGCUAUCGCUUGGGGUGCUUUAAAAAGGUGUGGAGUUUUGAAUUGUAUACAUGUGCAUAGCAUACUGGUAGAUCGAACGAUCAAGUAAUGCCUGAUGACGGACUGGCCGGCGUUGAGGUUUUAAUUUCUCUUGAUCCAGGCGACUUGGAAGGAUGGGCGUGGCGUCGAAUUGAAUGGUUUGGAAUUAUAUAUGGGGUUGAAUGGGAUAUACCAUGUCAUUAAGGCGCCUACCUUAUUUAUAGAUACUCUACGAGUUUUUCCC